GACGAAUGUUAUGCUGUAUUCUAUGCAAGUAACUAUCUCUGGUAUUUCUCCCCAAACUAUUGUGGUUUCGUGCUCGGUAAGGUACUCGAUUUUGGCACCGGUGUCUCUGUAUUUAUCCUCAUUAUUAUCUUGGACUUAUUUACUGUCUACCGGUUCCGCACCGCGGUAAAGAAGCUCGGAAAAGGAAUGCGUUCACAAGAGCUGAAUAUUUUUGUCGUGAAACUAACCAAUUUCUAUUUUAUCUCCGGUUAUUUCACGGGGGAUAUAAGCAAGUAUCAUUGGCCGGCGUUUUUCACCACCACAUUCGCUUGGGAAUUCACCCACUGCAUCGAUGGGUUCAUACUCAUUCCGUUCCAUAUCGGUGAUUGGAAAACGAGGAAGAAUUCCGUAAUCACCACCACCACACAGUCGCUCAUGCCGUUUCCGAAUGAUACUGAGUUGAAUCUUGUUUUCCUGCUGUCCAAUAUGCUGUCAUGCACUCGAAGGCAAAAGAAGGAA